AUGUCGACCACAGAGCCCGUUCUCCUAGAGCCUUCUUGGGCAAAGUCGGGGGACAAGUGGUUCCGUACAGCGUAUAUAUGGAAAAGAGACCAGAUAUUCGAGUGGAUGGGGAAGAUCGCCGCUGCCGGUGGUGUUGGGCCUGAAGAACGCAAAGAAGCUCGCAUUCUCCUCCUCACAACAAUCCGCGGUCGGUUGAUCGAUCUUUCCCUCCCAAAAGGAAGCCUAUACAUGGACAAAACAAGGAAACCAGAUUCACAUAUUUCACGAAACAUAAACCUAGAUUGGAAGAGGGAAGAUGAGACGCAGUCGAGAUUCAAUGUCAGUCCCAUGUUCUUCCGUGAAGUUACCAAGACCUUCAAAGGCCCAGCACCAGACUGGUGGUGCCCCUACGAUCUCCUUGGCCUCUUCCUCAGCCUCCUGGGGCCGGCACCAGCCGCUGCUGACAAGUAUAACUUCUACCUCCCUCUCACAGGCGUUUACGGGCGCUGGUGCGCACGUAUCGCUGGCAAACCAGAGAGGAGCUGGAAGUGGAAACCGGAUUUCAAAGGCGAAGGCACUUUGCCAUACGUUUUCCAAUGCACAUGGAGCCUUGAGGUCGAUGACAAAACGAAGCAACAUUUGUGUAAAUACUUUCUCGGGGCAUCCACUGCGGGCGACAGAUGGGAGGACAAAUUACUUCCAAAGAAUCCCAAAUCUCCCACAUACACUGGAGCUUGGAGGGACCGUGUGGGAGAGGAACGUUUUAAGAUGCUGUACCGAUGUCAGAGAUUAGUUAAGGUACGCGAAAGCGACUACAGAGAGAAAAAUGCCCCCAGUCAGACUACCACCGGUGGUAGCAUGGUGGCUUACGGAAACUGCGCCGAGACUUACCCCUUUAUAAUGAUAUCCUCAAGUAAUACGACACAGAACUUGAAGCACAUGUCAGGUCUUGCUCUCCAAAAGAACUUCUUGGGAGAUGGAGAAUACGCCGAGUAUCAAGCAGCACCUGAUACUGCCAUUUGGAGAAAUUUGAUGGCUCCUUGUCCCAAUUGUACCAUGCUUAUUGCAAUGGCCGGGGCAACUAGGUCCAAGUUCGAUUUGGAGAAAGGUCAGGGAACGCCUCCAAAACCGAUGAAAUUGAUGCUAGCAGCCCACGACCUGUCAGUAGAGGCCUGA